AACACUCACAAAACUAUAGGCUCAAGGAGGAAAAACACGUUCUCGGUGAGGUAGCAACUUCAGACAAGUCAUGGGAGUAUUAGAACUGUUUCUCCAGUCUUCCACCUCUAUUUCUCUGUUGGGGGGUCUUGUUGUCCUGCUAUUUGUCUACCUCAUCUCCUCCUCCAGCUUCAGCUCGAAGGAAGACAGUAAGGAACCUCCAGGACCAAAACCAUUUCCCCUAAUCGGGAACCUGCUGCAGCUUAACCUUAAGAGACCCUACAACACAUUACUGAAGCUUUCCAAGACAUAUGGAUCAGUGUUCACUGUGUAUUUGGGACCCCAAAAAGUGGUGGUCCUGGCUGGAUACAAGACAGUGAAAGAGGCACUUGUCAACUAUGCUGAUGAGUUUGGUGAAAGAGAUCCAAUGUUAAUAAUGCAGGAAUCUAAUCAAGGCCAUGGGGUUUUAUGGUCCAAUGGUGAUUCAUGGAAAGAGAUGAGGCGCUUUGCUUUGACUAACCUGAGAGACUUUGGGAUGGGCAAGAAGGCGAGUGAGGACAAAAUCAUUGAGGAAUGUGAACACCUCAUUGAAGUGUUUAAGACAUUUAAAGGUGAAGCUUUUGAUACGACCCAACCAAUAAACUAUGCAGUCUCUAAUAUUAUCUGCUCCAUUGUUUAUGGCAGCAGAUUUGAAUAUGAUGAUCCAGAGUUUACAUCCCUGGUAGAUCGAACAAACAGAAACAUUCAACUUCUGGGCUCCCCAUCAGUACAGGUAUAUAACCUGUUUCCAUGGAUCGGUAAAUUGAUUGCUAAAAGGAAGGAAUUCGAGACAUCAACUGCUGCCAACAAGAAACAGAACUUACAGCUGUUCAGUCGUUUGAAAGAGACCCUCAAUCCACAGAUGUGCAGAGGCUUUGUGGAUGCCUUUCUGGUCCGAAAGCAAAAUCUGGAGGAAUCUGGAAUUGCUUACAGUCACUUCCACGAUCACAACCUUAUGCAGACAGUUAUUAAUCUCUUUGCUGCUGGCACUGACACAACAGCAACUACUCUAAGAUGGGGACUUCUGUUCAUGGCCAAGAAUCCAAAAAUACAAGACCAGGUCCAGGAGGAGCUGAGCAGGGAGAUUGGAAGUCGUAAAGUGCAGGUUGAGGACAGGAAGAACCUGCCCUUCACCGACGCUGUCAUCCAUGAGACACAGAGACUGGCCAGCAUCCUCCCGAUAGCAGUGCCUCACAAAACGAGCCAAGACAUCACCUUCCAGGGUCACUUUAUUAAGAAGGGGACCACGGUAUAUCCUCUCUUGACAUCUGUCCUACAUGAUGAGAGUGAGUGGGAGAGACCACACAGCUUUUAUCCUGCUCACUUCCUGGACAAAGACGGGAAGUUUGUCAAGCGGGACGCCUUCAUGCCCUUUUCUGCAGGUCGCAGGAUUUGUCUUGGAGAGAGUCUGGCCAGGAUGGAGCUCUUCAUCUUCUUCACCACCCUGCUGCAGCACUUUCGUUUCACUCCUCCUCCUGGAGUUUCAGAGGAUGAACUGGAUCUGACUCCACGUGUGGGCUUCACCCUCAACCCUUCACCCCAUAAACUGUGUGCUGUUUCCUGUAUGUGAGCAGUAGGGCUAAACGAAAAUGCUGCUUGGACCCACUUUUAUGACUUUGACUCACUUCAAGAGACUAGAUUUUCAUUUGUACAGCAUUAUAUUCCAUGUUGCAAUUAACAGAAUUUUUAUUUCAUCAAAGAUUAGCAGAUAAGUAACUAAAUGCAGAUCAGUAACCUGAUGAUGCACCAGAUGAUGUGUUACACAGAACCAUCUGAAAAGCCAUCAUUGGAAACGGUUUGGAAAAGGGCAGGAACUUAAAAAAUACCUGGCAGGUGAUUGGACAUAUAUUAGAAUAAUCACAUUAUUAAAUGAUAGGCAUGACCACUGAAGAUAUAUUAAAGUUUAUUUUACUUGAGAACCCAACAAGGAGGCAGUCUCCGUUAUCCAGAAUAGUACAGACAAUGACCUGAGCAAAAAGCUCUCUACAGCUGCUUUUUAUAAUACCAAGUGCAAAUGUGAUAAAUCAUGAUACAGAGUAGAUGUCGUCAAUUGUUAUCUGGUCAGAGUUGAUGACGCCUCCCCUAUCUGGUCUGGGAGGGCAUGUAUACCCAUAGGAACACACCGUGCUCAGACAAGGACACGCAAUAGCUGUAAUCUUGUUUAGAGUAUUCAGUAUAAUAUUCUAUGCAAACAGUUUAAUAAUGACAAGAGAGAAAGUAUGUCAAUCAAAAUUUCUCCAACAAUAUACCAUCUGUCUAUAACAUCUGCCACUGUGUUUUUGACAAACAGUCUCAGGCAUCACAUACACCUAAACCACAGCCCGUAGCUACCAGUAGCUCCAUACCGGAAGCUGAUUGGUUCGAUAAGCUGGUAGUUGAGACACAAAUGCAUUACUUGAAGCCUGAAAAGAUGGAGUUUCAUGUGACCUUGUGAUACCGCGACUAUCUAGCUGCAUUCAAGGUCAGCCAAUCAGACCAGGUAGAUGGUAUUCUCUACAUGCACUGGUAUCUCUGACUAUCCUGCCAUUAAAAGUUUAGAUGGUAUUCAUAUCACUCUUGCUGAGCCACACAAAUACUUUGGAAAUUGGCUUGACAGCAGACUGGAAUUCAAGAUUCAUACUCAACAUUGGAGCCAAAGAUGUUAUUACAUUACAUGUCAUUUAGCUGAUGAUUUUAUCCA